AUGGAUCAUAAUUUAGAAUUACAGUUACAAGAAUCCGAUUUAAAAUUACGUAGUGGUGAACAUAUGUCUUCUAAUAGUAUCAAGCUAAUCUCUGGGAAUUCCCAUCCAGAACUUGCUGAGCUAAUAUCUAAGAAAUUGGCUAUCCCAUUAUCAAAAGUGGGUGUAUACCAAUAUUCUAAUAUGGAGACUUCUGUCACCAUCGGUGAAAGUAUUAGAGAUGAAGAUGUUUAUAUCAUUCAAACUGGUACUGGUGAACAGGAAAUUAACGAUUUCCUAAUGGAGUUGUUAAUAAUGAUACAUGCUUGUAAAACUGCUUCUGUUAGAAGAAUCACUGCAGUUAUCCCAAGUUUCCCUUAUGCAAGACAAGAUAAGAAGGAUAAAUCGCGUGCCCCAAUCACUGCCAAGUUGAUUGCAAAUUUAUUGGAAACUGCAGGCUGUGACCAUGUCAUCACAAUGGACCUACACGCUUCUCAAAUUCAAGGGUUCUUCCAUAUUCCAGUAGACAAUUUAUAUGCUGAACCAAGUGUAUUAAACUAUAUUAGAAAUCAUACAAAUCUAGCAAACGCAAUUCUAGUCUCACCAGAUGCUGGUGGUGCUAAGAGAGUAGCCUCUAUUGCUGAUAAGCUUGAUUUAAAUUUCGCUUUGAUUCAUAAGGAAAGACAAAAGGCAAACGAAGUUUCAAGAAUGGUCCUGGUCGGUGAUGUCAAGGGGAAAUCAUGUUUAUUGAUCGAUGACAUGGCUGACACUUGUGGUACUUUAGUAAAAGCUUGUGAUACUUUGUUAGAUCACGGUGCUGAAGAAGUUAUUGCAAUCGUUACUCAUGGUAUCUUCUCCGGUUCUGCUAGAGAAAAAUUGAAAAACAGUAGAUUAUCAAAGAUCGUUUGUACCAAUACAGUACCAAUAGACUUAGAUUUAGAUAUUGUAGAUCAAGUUGAUAUCAGUCCAACUUUGGCAGAAGCCAUAAGGAGAUUACAUAACGGUGAAUCGGUCUCCUACUUAUUUACUCACGCUCCAGUAUGA